ACUUUUUCCAAGAAGCAAAUGUUGCGGCUAUUUUCUAGGCCAUCCUCUAAACUUGUUCAUACUCUACUAAAACCCAACUCCAAUCACCCCCAUUACAACUACCACAAAUCUAGUCUUCAACUACAAGACACAUUUUUACCUUUGCUUAAAAAAUGUUCCAACGAAAAUCACAUUUAUCAAACUCAUGGCUUCAUGGUACAUCGUGCUUUAGAUCAAGACAACUUUAUUUUCAGCCAAUUCUUCCACACAUGUUCCUCCCUUGGCUUUGUCAGCUAUGCAUAUUCAAUUUUCACUUCAAACCCAAAUCCAAACAUAUAUCUUUACAAUACUUUGAUCAGUAUUUUCUCAAGACAACAACAUUUAUCUAAGGAUGCAAUUUACCUUUAUAAACAAGCUCGAGCCAUUGGCUUAUAUCAUGAUACUUACUCUAUCCCUUUUGUGUUGAAUGCUGUAACCUGUCUCACCACCUCUAGGCAAAUUCACUGUGAAGCUAUUUUAACUGGAUUGAACAAUGAUGUACAUGUAGCAACGUCCCUUGUACGGAUGUAUUCUUCUUUUGGGUGCAUUUCUGAUGCACGUAAGGUGUUUGAUGAAAUGCGUAACAAAGAUGUGGGCUUGUGGAAUGCCAUGAUAGUGGGUUAUGUUAAGGCUCAUGAUAUGGACACCGCCAAGUACCUGUUUGAUAAUAUGCUGGAGAAGAAUGUGGUUUCUUGGACUACCAUCAUUGCGGGCUACGCUCAGGGGAAUCAGUUUUCUCAGGCUAUAGGUGUGUUCAGGAAAAUGAUGAGUGUGGAGGUUAGUGCUAAGCCUGAUGAAGUAACCAUGUUAGCUACACUUUCAGCUUGUGCCCACUUGGGUGAGCAUGAGUUGGGUGAAUGGAUCCAUAGUUAUAUUAUAAAACACAGGUUACGUAGAACUGUGUCUCUUAACAAUACACUUAUUGAUAUGUAUGCAAAAUCGGGCAAUGUAAAGAAGGCAGUAGAAUUGUUUGAGAGCAUGGAAACAAGGAGUGUUGUUACAUGGUCAACAGUGAUUUCUGCAUUGGCUGUCAAUGGAUAUGGAAGAGAAGCAAUUAACAUGUUUUCUCGAAUGGAAAUGGUUGGAAUUAGGCCAAACAGUGUCACCUUUAUAGCACUAUUAUCUGCAUGUAGCCACGCUGGACUCGUGGAGGAAGGCAGAUUGUAUUUUAAGACAAUGGAAGAAAAACAUGGUAUUAGUCCUGACAUCAGACACUAUGGUUGCAUGGUUGAUCUUUUUGGGCGUGCUGGUUACCUCGAUGAGGCUGCAAAUAUGGUUAAAAUGAUGCCAUUUGAAGCAAAUGCAGCGAUUUGGGGAUCACUUCUUGCUGCAGCCAGGAACCAAGGUCAUGUUGAACUUGGGGAGCAAGCUCUGCAGCAUCUAACUGAAGUUGAACCACAUAAUAGUGGGAAUUAUUCCCUUGUGUCCAAUACAUAUGCUGCUCUUGGUAGGUGGAGUGAAGCUAGGGUAGCAAGAAAGAUCAUGAAGGACACAGGAGUCCAAAAGUUGCCAGGCAGUAGCUUCAUCAAAAUGAAAUAUAAAGUUUAUUAUUUCUAUUCAGGAGACAGAUCACAUCCUCAAUGUGAGAGAAUAUACAGAGUUCUAUCACACUUAAACAGGGUGUCAAAGACGGCACUGCAUGAAUAUUGGGGAUAUGUAGAGCUGCUUGAUGCUGAUAGCCCUCAAGAGGACCUCUUAUAAGACAAGAGUGGCAGGAAGUAUUUCCCAAUACAUUUUGUGAGCUCUCAAAGUGAAUAUUCCUUCUAAAUCCAGUGAAGAUGUUGUCCAUGGGUCUUCCUUUUUUGGUUUUCUUUCUCUUAGUGCUCUAGUUAUCAUUUUUUAUUAAAAUGGUAUAUAAACUACAUUGCCAUUUUCUGGCAAAAGUUCAAAUUUCCCCCCUUAAUAUUUACUUCCUACCAAAUACUCUAGCCAUUAUUCCUUUGUAUUGUAUUUGCACCAUUUCUCCAGCUUAGCAGAUGGAUCCUCAUUGCUUUUCACCACUAUCCACUUCCGCUGACACAUGUAAUUUUAAGAGCCACUUCAGCGGACACAUUUCUCUAGAGUGAAUGAUGCCCAUCUCUGGUUUCACUGAACAAUCUCCCUGAAAUGGAAAUUUCCUUUGACAAAUACUCUAGUACAGCGCAAAGAACCCCAAGAAUAUUCAUCACUUCAGCAUUAAUAGUAAUCAUUAUGGAUCUUAUCCCUCUUUACCACUCUUUUAAUUGGUACCCCCCAGAUUUAGUAGUCCAUCCAUCUGAACUAUCACCCACAUACCAUGUUGAGUAGCAGAAGAUAAAGAUUACAGACAGCCCAAUAUAUAGCAGAACCCUUAAAGUUACAACAGAAAUCACCAUGAUUAAUGGUGAAAUAGAGCCGCAUC